UGUAGCUUGUGAACGCACCUAUGGAGAAAUUUGGCGUAAAUUCUUCGGAAUAUUAAAAUAGUACGUAAAACUAGCUACACAUCUUCGCAGUGCGGGGAAACGACCGUGUCAAACAUAGGGGCAGAGUGACUUGAGUCAAACAAGGUUAAUAAACAAACGGAUUUGUAACAUUUGAGCCUCGCUGGGACAGGCAAAUAAUGAGAAGGAGUAAGUGGUUAUUUCAAAACUAAAAUCCCGACUGUCCCCAUUCCCCGGCCUUUACUUUUCCCCGGACUCUGCGACUACUCUGUUAGCAAGUAGCGCGCGCUAGUUAGCCCGUCAGCGAAGCCACACAAUAUCUGCUAACUUCGUGCGCACUGAGAAAAUGGUGAGUUGUUUUUAAUUUGUAUUAUAGAGAACUAUUAUCUAUAGUUAAUGUGUUCGAUAUAACUAACUCCAUGCACCCCACGUAAUUAAUGCCUUUUACUAUGGCUAACUUUAGUUAAAACCGGUUUCGGUGUAUUUGGCUAGCUAGGUAGCUAACGACGUUAGCAUUCCUACGUUAGUUACAGUAAACCAUCUGCUGUAAAUGUUGAUUGUUUUGGCUAACGUUAGCUAGUUAGUCGUUUGACUAGCUGGUAGCUAGUUUAGGAAGUUGACAAGUAAUCAACUCGGUUGUUUGCAAUCCACAUGUUAGCUAACAAACUAGCUAAAAUCAUUACCAGUGGCAGUGUCUUGCCAUUCAUGUAUAUUACAUUUAUUAACGUUAGCUAGCUAACGUUAACUAAUUGCAGCCAUAGUUAGCUAACUAUAUCAUACUCACAUCGACACAGGUCAUUUUGAAUUAACUAGCUACCUAACUACUAGCUAACGUUUGUGAAUUUUUGUCGUUUUUAAUAUGCAACCAGCGCAAGCUAACGUUUAGUAAUGUAAUUCUACUUUACUUGGCAGAUAGAUGGGGAGCUAGUUAGCUAUGUAAACCAACUCAACUAGAAUUGUACCAACCAAGGUUUAUUGUUGUCAUUCAUGCCUUUAUAUUGUCAAAUUGGAUCCCGAAGAACUUGCCAACAAGCAGCCUGUGAUGAGGCUAAAAGAGAUCCUUAAGGAAAAAAACAACAACAAUCAAAGUGUGUGCAGCAUGUUUCAACAGGAGUAUCCCUUGUCUUUCAGGUCUUAUGCAAGGUUGCAUGGCACCCCAUUUAGUGUGAGCUUGAACUAAGGACAUUGACUUUCAGGCAUUUUCGCUGUAUUCAAAGAACGGGGAAGCAGCGCAAUAGUUUCUCUUUGGCAACGUGCAUAGUGGUUUGGCAGCCCUGUUGAGGGCCCAGUGAUGUACUCACGCAAUUCACUAUGGAGUUAUGUCAGAUGUGUGUUCAUGUCUUUGAUGAAAAAGGUAAGUAGACAUUCUCAUUACCUCACGCCAUCUAAUUCAUUUGUUUUCUGACAAGGAUGCCAAACUCUAAUACUGUUUCUUCCCGCUUUGCAGCAAUACGUUUCUUGAACCAUGAAAACCACUUCUUUGUGGAGCAAAUGCAAAUUAAUGAUUGUCAUAAACAAUCCCUCUCUGUGCCCCAGUUGAGCUAAUCAACCAUGCUGUUUUUUCAUAAAGUUUCUGCCAGUAUCUCAAGCUCAUUAUUUUCUCCAGUUAGCCACACAGCAAAUGCCUUUGAGUAUUUGUGUCCAUUGUGUUUGUCUUCGUGACACUUUUCAUCAAGCUUGAUGCGUUGAGACCUGGCAUUGUGUGAGCCUGAGGCACAGUGAAAUCAAAUUAAGUGUGCGUGCCUUGUCUGUCUGCAGGUGUACCUGUUGAAUCCUCUGGAGAACCUGAGGAGCUACAUCAAUAAUCGUCCGCCACUGGUCAUCUUUAUGGUCAGCGUCAGCGCCGUGGCCAUCGCCUUCCUCACCAUCGGCUACUUCUUCAAGAUCAAGGAGAUAAAAUCCCCAGAGAUGACUGAGGUAGGAGGGACACACCUCCCACUGGUAAAUCAAUGCUGAUGCUAUCAUAGGAACAUGUACAAAACCCAUGCAGCAGGAGGUUUCUUGAUUUCUGAAGUUGAACUAUACAUGGCUGUCGUACAUCAAAGUUAUUAGUUCAUUUAGCCAAGCUCAUUUCAUGAAUUGUGAUGUGAUAGUCACAAUUAACCUAACAUACUAUUGGUGAUGAUUAUAAAAAAAUAGUAAACAGCCAUAAGCUGUGCUAUUCAAGACCAGAGCCACAUAUGGAUAGAUGUAUGGCUUAGUCUCCUCCCCUUCUUCUCCAGGACUGGAACAUCUUCCUGCUGCGCUUCAACGAGAUUGACUUCUGCGUAUCAGAGAAUGAGACGCUCAAGCACAGCCUGAACGAGUCAAACACGCCCGAAAGCACGGUGACCAGCGGCCAGGCGCGCUCCAGCACGCAGGCCCCGCUGCUUCUGGAGGACCCGGGCCCAAUCAAUAUCUCUGUGCCCAUCACCCUUACCCUGGACCCACUGAGGCCUUUUGGGGGCUACUCGCGUAACAUCACCCACCUCUACGCCACCGUGCUGGUGGGACAGGUCGGCCUGGCUGGUGAGUCCACUUGCGUCUUCAGUCCCUACUUCCUCCACAUGUUACAGGGUCUAUGUGUAUUAAUCCUUUUCACACUAUCGUGCCGAACUGCUCAAAUGUUUUCUUUCACAUUGUCCUUUUCAGCACAGGUCCAGCAACUAUGGUGGAUGCAAAGUCUAAAAAAUCUCCUUUGUGUUGAAGUGUGUUAUUUGACAGUCCAAGCCAAUACAUUAUUAUUUUAGUUGUGUGUUCGCUUCACCUGCAGGUGGAUGCAGGAAAGCGGUGGCUUUAUGACUGUAAGUAGCCAUCCUUUGUGUAAGCAUUUGUUUUGUGUUUUUGUCACAACUUCUCAGGACUCUGGGUGUUGCUGUUAGCCAGUUCUUUGGUGGUUCAGUCAAUCCUUUAUCGAUCGGUUUUGAGUUACCACUUUUCACGGGGAGCUUAAAGAGUGGCUCAGUGGAAGUGAACAGUGAAGCAUUGUAUAGUCAAUCAGUCGCUAGUAGUCCGGAUACUCCUCCCAGUCUGUCCCGUGGUAGGGAGCAGAACAAAGUGCCGUCGGCCUCUGUUGCUAGGGAGUGCGGUUCAGGCCCAGACUGAAGAGGUAUUGAUGUAUUGUUUUCCGUUUUUUUUAGCAUUUUGCGGCUCAACUGAAACAAUAGUCCCUUGUCAACAUAAGGAUUAUUAGAAAUCAAUGCCAAAUGCCUUCUCUGUGCAUGUCACCUGCAGGCCAGGCUUUGCAUGGGCAUAGCAGGCCAGUCUCAAAGCUGUCUGACUGUUUGAGUAUGUAUGUUUGCAGUCCAGGGUUUUCUGGAUCAAAAGGGGCUUAGGGGGUGGUAGGAGGCGUGGCAUCAUUUUAAAGGCCAUCAUCUUGGCGGUGUAGAGACAUUAUUGAAUUCAAGCCAAUUUCCUGCAAUUCUACAAAUUUCUCCAUGAAGUUGAGAAAAUUAUUUUCAGAUUUAAAGCUUAUUUCAUGCUAUUCUACAUAGUCUGCCAUUGAGCUGAUAGAAUUUUGCAGUUUUUAAAGCAAAUUUCCUAAAAUUCUAUGCGUUUUGCCAUGGCAAGUACUGUUCUUUUCUCUCAAACAUAAUAAUAAAAUCAAUACUGCUAAAUCCAUUGUUUUUGGAAUUUUAAAUUAUCCCUGACUUUUAUCUAGGUAGUUAGUUCUCAAAUAUGAUAUUAUAAAAAAAUAUAUAUAGGUCCAUUGUCUUUUCUACAUACUUGAAAUCUGAUUUAAGUAGUUUACAUUCAGUGUUUUUCCAUCCCAAUAGUUUUUUUGGCCGCCCAAAGAUUUCAAUGUCAGAAAAAUCCAUGCAGUCAGUGUGUGUUUCCCCCCCAAAAUACAACUUUACAUGUGAAUUGAAUGACAUAUACAGUGAGGGAAAAAAGUAUUUGAGCCCCUGCUGAUUUUGUACGUUUGCCCACUGACAAAGAAAUGAUCAGUCUAUAAUUUUAAUGGUAGGUUUAUUUGAACAGUGAGAGACAGAAUAACAACAAGAAAAUCCAGAAAAACGCAUGUCAAAAAUGUUAUAAAUUGAUUUGCAUUUUAAUGAGGGAAAUAAGUAUUUGACCCCCUCUCAAUCAGAAAGAUUUCUGGCUCCCAGGUGUCUUUUUAUACAGGUAACGAGCUGAGAUUAGGAGCACACUCUUAAAGGGAGUGCUCCUAAUCUCAGUUUGUUACCUGUAUAAUAGACACCUGUCCACAGAAGCAAUCAAUCAAUCAGAUUCCAAACUCUCCACCAUGGCCAAGACCAAAGAGCUCUCCAAGGAUGUCAGGGACACGAUUGUAGACCUACACAAGGCUGGAAUGGGCUACAAGACCAUCGCCAAGCAGCUUAGUGAGAAGGUGACAACAGUUGGUGCGAUUAUUCGCAAAUGGAAGAAACACUAAAGACUGUCAAUCUCCCUCGGCCUAGGGCUCCAUGCAAGAUCUCACCUCGUGGAGUUGCAAUGAUCAUGAGAACGGUGAGGAAUCAGCCCAGAACUACAUGGGAGGAUCUUGUCAAUGAUCUCAAGGCAGCUGGGACCAUAGUCACCAAGAAAACAAUUGGUAACACACUACGCCGUGAAGGACUGAAAUCCUGCAGCGCCCGCAAGGUCCCCCUGCUCAAGAAAGCACACAUACAGGCCCGUCUGAAGUUUGCCAAUGAACAUCUGAAUGAUUCAGAGGAGAACUGGGUGAAAGUGUUGUGGUCAGAUGAGACCAAAAUCGAGCUCUUUGGCAUCAACUCAACUCGCCGUGUUUGGAGGAGGAGGAAUGCUGCCUAUGACCCCAAGAACACCAUCCCCACCGUCAAACAUGGAGGUGGAAACAUUAUGCUUUGGGGGUGUUUUUCUGCUAAGGGGACAGGACAACUUCACCGCGUCAAAGGGACGAUGGACAGGGCCAUGUACCAUCAAAUCUUGGGUGAGAACCUCCUUCCCUCAGCCAGGGCAUUGAAAAUGGGUCGUGGAUGGGUAUUCCAGCAUGACAAUGACCCAGAACACACGGCCAAGGCAACAAAGGAGUGGCUCAAGAAGAAGCACAUUAAGGUGCUGGAGUGGCCUAGCCAGUCUCCAGACCUUAAUCCCAUAGAAAAUCUGUGGAGGGAGCUGAAGGUUCGAGUUGCCAAACGUCAGGCUCGAAACCUUAAUGACUUGGAGAAGAUCUGCAAAGAGGAGUGGGACAAAAUCCCUCCUGAGAUGUGUGCAAACCUGGUGGCCAACUACAAGAAACAUCUGACCUCUGUGAUUGCCAACAAGGGUUUUGCAACCAAGUACUAAGUCAUGUUUUGCAGAGGGGUCAAAUACUUAUUUCCCUCAUUAAAAUGCAAAUAAAUUCAUAAAAUGUUUGACAUGUGUUUUUCUUGAUUUUUUUGUUGUUAUUCUGUCUCUCACUGUUCAAAUAAACCUACUAUUAAAAUUAUAGACUGAUCAUGUCUUUGUCAGUGGGCAAACUUACAAAAUCAGCAGGGGAUCAAAUACUUUUUUCCCUCACUGUAUUGAUGGAGGGUAAUAUGGGCUGUUGCAGGACACAUGUUAAGUCAUAUUCCUUACAGUGGAGCUCAUGUCACCUGCUCAAUCUUUACAUGUCCAGGGGCCAACCGUGAUGCUGUUUUACCUGUCGGAGUACUUACAAGCAAUGUUUCCGCACAAAAAAUUAGGUACUGAGCAAAUAUCAGGUCUGCUGAGCGCAAACUUGAACGUUGUGAAAAUUCUGUGCAACGCAUUUACUGUGAACACUGAGGCUGUACCCGUUUUAAGUGGCUAAGUAGGCUACUUUGGCUAUUUAGUCAUAAUGUAGGCCUACCAGAGCAGCCUUCCAUCUAAAACAAUGGAGAAAAAUGCAUCUCGUAACAUUUUAACAUGGAAAUUGCUUACAGUAGCAGCGUAUCUGUGGUGUUCAAUGCUUACAUUCCAUGAGACUUAAAAAAAAAAAAAACAUGCAGGGCUUGACAUUAACCUGUGUAUGCACUUGUACUUCAGACAAGGUGUUGACUGAAAAUGUUGUGUUUGAUGCAAGAAACCACUUUACAAAAUAAAAUGUAUUAUUAUUCCCAUACAAUUAUUACAGACAAUCAGACAAAUUAUUCUACGCUCUGCCUAUUGGCUACUUAGCUUAUUCAAGACCGUCUCAAAAUACAACACUUCCACUUUAAGACAUAAAAAAGCUCUUUACCUGACUUGCUUUUCAAAGAUGGCUAGAAAUGCACACAUAUUGUGCUCUUGUUGGAAGCAACCACUCCCCAUUGUUGACUAGAAAUUAGCUAUAACUGGGCUAAUAACUCACUAACUAGCAAAGAAUAUGAACAAAUGUGCACACGUGGCUACAUGCAGCUCUCACUUUGAGCUCAAAACAAGCGCAUCUACUCAGACCGCUCAUACUGUAGCCUAAACACAGUCCAGUUCAAAGUGAAUGGCACAGAUCCAUAUAUGGCAAUGGCUAUUUGCAUAUAGGCCUACUGCAGCUCUGAUUGGUUAUGGUGAUUCAAUCUGUGUAGAGUAUGGGCCUGAGUCGUGCCUGUCAAUGCAAUAGUAUCCUACUUCAAUGCGCACUGCCUACAAGAAAAUCUCUUGCACAGUUAGUUUUGCAUACUAAAUCUUGCAUAGUUUGUUUUUGUUUUGGUAUAUUACAUUGAAAGUGGCUAAUAUUGCGUUGAUUCGAUCACAAUUCCCACAGUAGAGCGAAACAUUGAUAGUGUUAACUAAAGGGGAACCUGGUAUUAAGUUGAGUGAAGUUCAAUCUCGUGAUUCUCUGCACGGGCUCAUAUUUCUUCUGCGCGGCAGUCCGAGGGGAGCUGCGCGCACGCAGCUUAGAGGGAAUAUUGCUUACGUGUGUGUCCUCAAAGGCAGGGACGCCCACGAGGAGAUGAACAUCACCUUCACGCUGCCAGCGUCAUGGAAUUCUGAUGAGUGCGUGCUGCACGGCCACUGUGAGCAAGUGGUGUUUAGCACCUGUAUGACCAUCACUGCUGCCAGCAACGUCUUCCCUGUCACAGUGUGAGUGCCACUAUACCCCUGAAUUGUGAUGCAUCCAUAUACUAAAUUAUCUUUGUAUUUCAUGACUAGGCCCGGUAUUUGAAAGUCAAUGUUGGACUAUCAUUUAGGCAAUCUUGUAAUAUGUAUAGUGAAAUAGUACAAAUAUUUGACAUUGGAAUAAAACUGAUCAUCAGUCAAUUGCUCAUGACAGUGAAUAACCUCACAUCAGUAACACUGUGACAACUAAGUGCACACUGUUCGUAGAAUAUCAGUCGUCCUAUGGUACAAGGGGACAUUUGUAUUUUGUAUUAAAUUAACGUUUUAUCAAACUGAAUACUAAGCUUUGGUGCGAAACGUCAUGGUCCAAACAGAAUAGUCUUAACACAGAACCCAGAGAUUUUUCAUGACCACGUCACCUGACCAUAACAAAAUAAAAUGGAACAGGGCAAGGUAUUAAAGUGUAUUAAAUGUUGCCUUCCAGGCAGCCGCCCCACUGUGUCCCAGAGACGUACACCAACGCCACGUCCUGGUACAAGAUCUUCACCACGGCCCGCGACUCAGACACCAAGUACACGCAGGACUACAACCCUUUCUGGUGUUACAAAGGAGCAAUCGGGAAGGUGUACCACACCCUCAACCCCAAGCUGACCGUCAUUGUGCCAGACGUGAGUCAGCAGCCACUGUCUGCAGCAGUGGUAUUUUAUGUCCGACUCCCUAAUGGAAUCGUAUCCUCUAUAUAGUGCACAGCUUUUAACCAGUGCCCUAUGGGUGCCAUUUCAGACGCAGACUGUGUCUGUGGAUGAUCUUGCUGAGGGUUUAGACAGAACUUUUGAGAGUAAAGUCUUAUACACUACAUGGCCAAAAGUAUGCUUGUCGAACAUCUCAUUCCAAAAUCAUGGCAUUAAUAUGGAGUUGGUCCCCCCCUUUGCUGCUAUAACAACCUCCACUCUUCUGGGAAGGCUUUCCACUAGAUGUUGGAACAUUGCUGCAGGGACUUCCUUCCAUUCAGCCACGAACAUUAGUGAGGUCGGGCACUGAUGUUGGGCAAUUACGUUACGUGCCCUAAUGCAUAGUGCCAACUGUAACGUUUGGUGGAGGAGGAAUAAUGGUCUGGGGCUGUUUUUUCAUGGUUCGGCUAGGCCACUUAGUUCCUGUGAAGGGAAAUCUUAACGCUACAGCAUACAAUGACAUUCUAGACAGACUUUGUGGCAACAGUUUGGGGAAGGCCCUUUCCUGUUUCAGCAUGACAAUGCCCCCGUGCAAAAAGCAAGGUCCAUACAGAAAUGUUUUGUCGAGAUCGGUGUGGAAGAACUUGACUGGCCUGCACAGAGCCCUGACCUCAAUCCCAUCGAACACCUUUGGGAUGAAUUGGAACGCUGACUGUGAGCCAGGCCUAAUUGCCCAACAUCAGUGCCCGACCUCACUAAAGCUCUUGUAGCUGAAUGGACGCAAGUCCCUGUUAUAGCAGCAAAGGGGGGACCAACUCCAUAUUAAUGCCCAUGAUUUUGGAAUGAAAUGUUCGAGCAGGUGUCCACAUACUUUUGUGUACUAAUGUAUGUAAUCAAAAUGAGUCCUUUAAGAAGAAAAGUACUGUUUUUGGUACACACCUUGGACAUAAGCUCUUGUCUAGUUUAAUUAUGUGUAACUUCAUAUAUCAUGAAUGAGUGAUUUUUAUCUUCCUUGUGUGUUCUCUCCAAUUCAAUUCUAUAAUGCAUUCAUAAUAUCAACUGUAAAUCUAAAUCCCCAAGUGAGCAUUAGCUAAUAUGUUCUAAAUGACUAAAGAUUGUGCUUCUGCAAUAUUGCUCUAUUUGCAAUUAAAUUACAUUUGACUUUAACCAGAUGUAUCCUAGGGGACCAGUAGCAUUAUUCAAUUACCAACCAGUUUUCCUAAAACAUAUUUAUAUUUGAAGUGACAGGAACAAUAAAUGGGUUUUGCUAUUAGAGGAAAUAGCCAGUUUCCAAGUACAGUAUACAGUAUGUCGUCCUUCAUGAGAGAGUUUACCUGUCGCUGAGGCUAUUUCUCUCUCUUUGUAGGACGACCGCUCACUUAUCAACCUGCACCUAAUGCACACCAGCUACUUCCUCUUUGUGAUGGUCAUCACCAUGUUCUGUUAUGCUGUCAUCAAGGGCCGGCCAGGGAAAGUACGGACAACCACCAACCCCGACUUCUGCCCUGAAAAGGUAGGUGUAAGGUGAAGUUGCCCUUAGACACUGAUCUUGGGUCAGUUUAUACAUUUCCCCCACUAACAGAGCAAUAAUACACAGCACAACACAGCUAGUCACCUUUUUAUAUCGCAUUAGACAGUGUGAAAAGAUAUUGCCAAGAUGAGUCUCUGGGGUAAAACUGUCAUUUUGUUAAUAAAACCAAAAAAUGCCGACCCUUCUACCUCCCGAGGGAGUUUUCAGCUGUUAUCGUGACUGUUGUAUACAUUGCACCUCAGGACAAGAAAAAUAACAAGCUGGCACUUAACGAACUGUACAAGGCUAUAAACAAGCAAGAAAACCUACAUCGAGGCUGCUUUUCUGGUUGUCGGCGAUUUUUAUUUAGUGUCACUAGGACACGUGAUGCCCAAUUUUCAUCAACACGUCUCCAAUGCCCCUAGGGGCGAUAAAGUCCUACACCACUGUUAUUCUACCCACAAGCAAGCUUACAAGGCCCGCCCUUGUCCGCCAUUCGGCAAAUCAGAUAAUGACUCCGUACUGUUUACAAGCAGAAAUUCAGACAGGAAGUACCCGUGACUCGCUCUGAGAAAUGGUCACCAGAAUCUGAGAUUAUGCUGCUUUGCUAGCGCUGAUUGGAAUAUGUUUAGAGACUCCACCGAUAACAUUGACGAGCUAACUACCGUCACCUGCUUCAUUCGAAAAUGUAUCAGCGACAUUGUCCCCACGGUGAGGGAUCGCUGCUUCUCCAAUCAAAAGCCCUGUAUUAACACUGAGGUUGGCGCUAAAGGACCGGGCUACCGCACACAGAGCUAUCGUAGACAAUCCUGAGGCAACAGUGGAGGACAGGAAUAAGUACAAGAAGUCCCGCUAUGACCUCCGCAGAGUCAUCAAACGAGCAAAAGGACAAUAUAGGAAUAAGGUUGAAUCAUAUUACACAGGCUCCUACGCCCGCCGCAUGUGGCAGGGGCUACAGUCCAUUACCGAUUACAAAGGAAGUGAUCUGCCCAAAUAUACCUCUCUACCAGACGAACUUAAUGCAUUUUAUGCACACUUUGACAACACCGACAUCGUGCCGGGUGUGAGGGCAGUAACCGACCGAGAGGAUUGGGGGAUCUCGCUCACCAAGGCCGAUGUGAGAAAGGUCUUUAAUCAGGUCAACACACGCAAGGCCACAGGGCCCGAUUCCAGGGCGUGUUCGCAGAGCAUGCGCAAAACAGCUGGCAGGCAUAUUCACUGUCAUUUUCAACCUCUCCUUGUUCCAGUCUGUAAUCCCCACAUGUUUUAAGAUUCCUGUCCCCAAGAACUCUAAUGCUUCAUGCCAUAAUGACUACUGUCCUGUAGCACUCACUUCUGUAAUCAUGAAGUGCUUUGAGAGGCUGGUUAUGGCACACAUUAACUCCACCAUCCCAGACACCCUAGACCCACUCAAUUUGCAUACCGCCCCAACAGAUCCAUAGAUGAAGCAAUCUCAAUUGCACACCCCCAUCAACAUCGACGGAGCUUCAAGUUCCUCAGUGUCCAAAAGACUUAAAAUGGUCCAAACACACGCGCACAGUCAUGAAGAAGGCUCGACAGCGCCUCUUCCCCAUCAGGAGGUUGAAAAAAUUUGGCAUGGGCCCUCAAAUCCUCAAAGUUAUUCAGCUGUACCAUUGAGAGCAUUUUGACUGGCUGCAUCAGUGCCUGGUUUGGCAAUAGCACCGCCCUCGAUCGCAUGGCGCUACAGAGGGUGGUGCGGACAGCUCAUUACAUCACUGGGGCCCAGCUCCCUGCCAUCCAGGACAUCUCUAUCAGGCAGUGUGGUAGGAAGGCCCGGAAAAUCGUUAGACUCCAAGCACCCAAGCCAUAGACUAUUCUCUCUGCUUCCGCACGGCAAGCGGUACCGGUGCAUCAAGUCUGGCACCAACAGGCUCUCAGCUUCUAUCCCCCAAGCAAUAAGACUGAUAAAUAGCUAACGAAAUAGCUACACAGACUAACCUUGUAUCCUUAUUGACCUUUUAUUUUUACACUGACUCUAUGCACACUCACACAUACUCAGUCCAUCAUCUGCUCACUCACACAUAAUAUACACACUCUACACACACACACACACACACCCACUCACAUACAAGCUGCUGCUACUCUGUUUAUCUUACAUCCUGUUGCCUACUCACCCCUAUACAUAUCUAUCUCCAUCACUCCAGUAUCCCUGCACAUUGUAAAUAUUGUAUUGGAACUGACCCUAUAUGUUUGCUUGCUUGCUUACUUAUUGUGUUUUUCAUAUUUCUUCUUAUUUCUCUUGAGUUUUGAGUUUGCAAGAAAGGCAUUUCACUGUACUUGUGCAUGUGACAUUAAAACUUGAAACGGAAACUUGAAAAUUAAACACUGAGAUUUCCAGGUGUCUGAUUACAGUAUCUAUGACAGAGCAUUCCUGAAAUGCCUGAGUACUACGAAAAUCUGGUUGCGCCUGUUUUACAGUUGACUCUGCUCAUUAGGGAAUUCCCACGACACUGUUAUUCAGCAUAACAUCCCUGGGGUCCUCAUUUGUACGCUGUGACGGUCUAGUCGGUUAGAGGGAUGAUUCUGCAGCGGCAUUAAUUUCUUUUUUCUCUCCUCUCAGGUGGCCUUGUCAGAGGGGUAAGAAGAACUCUAGGAUCGCCGUCAGAACUGAAAUAUAGCCGAGGAGGAAGUAGAAGAAAAUAUGACCAGUUGCCUACUGAACCCUGAAAAUAAUACUGGGGUGUAAAGCUCUGUGAAUGCAUUUCUCUGCAAUGUUGGGUCACUCCAACCAAAGACAUAUAAGUGCCUGUAUCUACUGUGUAAAUAUGUGUAGGAACUCUUGAUUUCAGUACAGAAACAGUUUGCCUGAGCCCCCCGUGCCGUUGGUGACAAAAUUCCAAAAUGCAAUAUCAGCAAAGCUAGAAGUCCUGAUGCGAAAUUGACUGAAUGGGAACUGCACUUCCACAUUGUCACCAGUCUUUGUCCCAUUUUCGUCCCACAUUGGACCCUCACAUAAUCCAGUCAGGGUAAUACAAGUUCCUGUGUCUCUUCAUGUGUGUAUGGUGAAAGCCUUUGAUUUCCUCGAGACAACGGGCCGUUGUUACACUGAAAUAUGAUUUCGCUGCCUUUCUCUUCCCCUUCAGUGUCUUCAUCAUUCACUUGUGUGUUCUUGAGUGGUUUAUCCUUGCUUGCAUUCUGAAAGUCCUGUAAUGGUGGGUGGGUGGAAGGCCGGCUUAUUCGCCCCAGAAGGGUUUUAGGCCACAAGCCUUUUAUAGCACCUGGAAGGUCCAUUUUAACUGACAAGAGGCCCGGCUAUGUCAAGUGGACCUCAAUCUUCCUCCUUUUACAACCAUAGUUUUCCUUUACUCCUAUGUUAUUCCAAUAAGUUGAGCUUGUUGCUUCAAAUCAAGUUUUGUGAUGCUUCUGACAUCUUGUCAUGCAUAGCAGAAAGAAUGCUAUUUUUCCUUGAAUUUAGUGUAUGCUGAUGACUGGUAGGCCCUUGAGUAAUUGAAAGUUGGGAUGCAUGUUAAUAAUUGCUUGUGCUCUAUUUUAAGAACUAUGUUUGUUUUAAUGUAGGUUCCGGGGAUGGAAAAGUGUGUAAUUGUGGAAUGAUUUACUGUAUAUGAUAUAAAGCGCUUCACUGGCAACGAUUCAUCUAUUUUGAUUCCCCUCUGUAUUUAAAAUUAUUUCAAUUUGUUCCAUUAUUGAUAUACUUAAUGAAUGUAAAAGCAACACAAUCAAUUUACAGCAGCGAACCAGCAUUACAACUAUGAUAAUUAAAUGUAAAACAAUUCAUUCCAAACUAUUUGAAAUGUGAUGUACCUUUUUUUAUUUAGAUUUUUGUUUUGUCAAUGAGCCUUUACCCCAAACUUUAAUUUCCAGUUUUGACAGAACAGUAUUCUCAUUAUAUUGUUUUUCUUGUUGCAAUUACUUCCUUUUUUAAAUUGCGUAUUUUUCAUCUGUCAAUUAAUUUCUCAAAAGACAUCCUAGCUUGUAGCUUUGUUUUAUUUGCAGAUGAUUGAAUUGAUCCCUUAUCAUUUUGAGAAUUGGUUUUCGAGUUUCAUUUUCAAUGGGUUUUAAGGGUGCUGUCAUAUCAACUUGGUUUUCCUACAGUAGCUAACUGAGCGUGGCAUACAAUACAUGCUUCCCCCCUCCAUAGCACUGCAUAAUUCCACUGAUAUCUCCUGUAUCUUGUUAGUUCUGAAGUUCAUGUUAAGGUUGAGACUAUGCAGCUGUAGGUGGGUGCAUCCAUAUCCUUUUUGUCUAGUGUUUUCAGUCAGGGCUGAAUAUAUUGCAUUAUAGAUACAUUGUAGUGUGUCACUUCAUAAGUAGAGAGUAAAGACUGUCCUGGGUUGAUGGGUGACAAAGCAUUGAGUUGUUAGCCCAGCAACCAUUCAUUGUAAUGCUAUGAUUCUCAUUUUCUUCCCUGUGGAAAAUGCCUGGCCAUUUUAAAGAUUGCCUUAAUAUUACUUUGUUGUUUUUGUCCUCAAAGUAGAUGGAUUGAUGUCUGUCUUUUGUUUUCAGUUCAUGCUCAUCAUACCCUGUCAUUCAGAAUUAUCAUCUCCAUAGGCGUCACAUCAGGCUUAGCUUGCCAAAGGUGUCUCUGGGUUUCGUCACCCCCUGUAUGUAGUAUAAUUGACCACACGAUCACCAACAUUUGUAUGAUGGUACAGGAGGUAUGUUAGAUAUGAAUUUGACCUAACUCUCACACCACAGGAUAUUUAUGUGUUCUCACCCUGACCUUAUGUUAUGACAUCCAUCCCCCAAUACUGUGCAUGGCAACCAUUUGACCUUUGUUUUCCUUCCAUUCUUAUAGCAGCACAUUGUGCCUUUUGCACUAACCUGCUGCACCAUCACAGUAAAUAGCUCCUCUGUUUUAAAUGUGAAUACAAGGGGUCAAAGGUGACGAUGACCAAAACUUUUCUCCAGUGCAACUGCUGUAAAUUAUUUGAGUUGAAAUAAACUUGUCAUCUGUUGAGAAAAUGUUUGUUCACGUUCACAUUUUUCCUCUCUAUCCCAACAUGUUCUAUGUCUCUUCACCUUAGCAUCCUACCUACAGUUAACUGACGAUAUAUGCCAUCUUAAACUACAGCUCAACAAUUGGGACGGUAUCUAUGUAAUAAGGUAAAUAACAUUCAGCUUGAAUUUCAACCAUUACCACAAAUGGUCCUACCACAAUAACAUUGGCAUGUCAUGAUCUAUGUGAAUCUCAAAUUAAAGUCAGACAUUUGUUUCAGUCAUUACAUAUUUUGUCCUUCACAACAUUCAUCACCAUCAACUAUAUUAUCAUCCUGUCUUUAAUGAAGCCUCCCACAUUUUCCACCCUAAGGAAUUUCUCAUGUUUUCUAUCCAUGCGCCCUCACAACUAAUUUUACUGUUUCUUUCAGUGUAGGUGACCUAUAAAAACUACUGAAUACCAUGCAUUAGCAAUGGCUGGUUCCAUUCCAGUUUGCAACCUGCUUUUCUGUGAAGAAAGAUUCAUUUUAUUGCUGGCACUGAAAUGGCAGUGAUGGUUCUGGUGACGUCUAUCUUAUUAAACGGAAAUUGACAGAAGACAGACCGCCUCCUGGGCUGUUGUUCAGAUCAUAUUGAUCUCCCUCUCAUGUGGCUCAGUAAUUGUAUUUGUGGAUGGUUUACUCCAACUCAAAACACUCCAACUCAAAACACAAGUAUGAUGCCAUUGCAAUUCUUUCACUUGUCUUGUUGCAUGAUUGAAAUAUUAACAACCGCUGCUCCGUUUGUAUGAUGAUUGACAAUCCCUUUGUUUCUGUACUGUUUGUAAAAUAGGCGUAUGCUUUGCUGAAUAAAAUCAAAGAUGGAC